AUGACGGAGACCUUCAUAAGGGUGCGGGCGGAGAACGACGUCCUCUUCACUGGGGCGAAAUUCUCCGCCAGCACGGCCUGGAGGACUAUCCUGGAAAAGCUUGACCUGCAGGAGGUGGUCACGCCCCUGCAGGCCCGCCAGGGCGUGGAGGGGAACCCCACUGCUGGGACUUGGCCCUGGUUUGGCAUCAUGGAUGAGGUGUUGGGGCAGAAGCCGUCCAUCAACCCUCCUGUCCUAAUCGCCUCCAUCCCUGAUGCCAGACCAGGGCCAAGCCAGGCCAGAGAGCAGGAGCCGGAGCAGGAGGAGGAAGAGCCAGAGGCGGAGCAGCAGAGAGGAACGAGAAGGAAGAGGAAGAGGGAGAGCGAGCUGGUGGAGCUGUACAGGGAGGAUCUGAGGAUGCAGAGGGAGGAGGAUGAGCGGCGGGCACAGGAGAGGAGUGCCAAUUUUGACAGGCUGUUUGGCCUCCUCGAGAAGCUGAUUGAAAAUAAAAACAAAUAA